UACCCUUGAGUAUCUCUUAGAAUGCAGUAACAUUUCACGUGUCAAGCAGGUGAUAUACCCGAGUUGUUACCGUACUGCUGAGCUGUUCGAGAAUUGGCAUAGUAGCCAAUUUUAUAGCUCCGGCUAUGGUGACACGACUACGGCUCUUGUGCGUUUCGUAGUGUCCUGCUACACGAUUUCUCUAGUUCGAUUCACGGAGCUCCCCUCUCCACGCAAUGUCUCACGUAGGCUAGGCGUCAUCAGUCUGCUCUCUAUUGACUGCUGAAGUCAGAGAUCACCAAGCUAGACGUCAUAAACCUGCAAUGAUGAGGCAUUCAUAAGGAUGCUUGUAGUUGCACUGAAAGGAAGCCAUGCAUUCUGUCCGAACAAGUGGCAAGAUACCGCGAUUCGAAAUUUCCGGAUGCAAACCUUAAUCAGACUGAACAUCCAAGGAAAUAGUGUGACGUCAGACCGUAUGAUAAAAUGUUUUGACUGCCGUAAAAAUCAGAUGGUUUCAUUCGUGGAUAAACUUUAUUCGUUUAGCAUCUCCUAGUUACAUUGUGGAAGUUACCGUGCCAACCAAAGUACAAACUCUUAAGAGCAUUGUACAUUUCCGUGCGUAUUCAAUACGUCAUCACGGUCUAGUUUUCAUCUCCAUCAUACCUUAUUAAGUUGAAUUCAAGACAUUUGUGAUGGUAAGCCACGGAAACAAACGCAGUAUUUUACGAUUUUCAUUCGUCGCUAUUUUGAUGGUAGCAUCCGGAUCAUUUAUGUUUUCUUUGGGCCUAUUAUCAGGUCAGCACAUGGGUCCGUCAUUUAACUCUCUCGCGAAGGAAAUACAGAGGAAAGAUGCCCCAAUCAUGUUACCUCAGUUCAGUGUUCAAGAUGAACAUCCGCCGCAGUCCCAAACACAUUCUGGAGACCAGGCCAAACGCGUCCAACCCCCAAUACUGCGAAAAGGUGUCAUAGGAAAUUACGAGCCUAAAAAACAACCUCUUAGGCACGCGCUGGGUGAGUAUGGGGUUCCUGUGGAAUUAAACGAGGCCGAAAAGGCGGACUAUCAAAAGGCCCUAAAGAACUACGGUUUCAACAUGGUGAUAAGUGAUCGAAUAUCGCUAGAUCGAAAUGUGCCGGAUAUUCGUGACCCCGAGUGUCGAUUUUGGCAUUAUCCCGAAAAUCUUCCAAGAGCCAGUGUCGUAGUUGUUUUCCACAAUGAGGGCUGGUCAACGCUCAUGCGCACUAUACAUAGUAUUUUUAACGCAUCACCGGCUCACCUGCUUCAACAAGUUGUUAUGGUGGACGAUUUUAGUGAAAAAGAGCAUUUAAAGAGUAAGUUGGAGGAAUACAUCCAGCUACCCCGAUUUUUAGGCAAGAUUAAACUGGUGCGCACAAGAGAACGCGAGGGUUUGAUAAGGGCACGAAUUAUUGGCGCCGAAAAUUCAGAUGCAGAAGUUGUUGUGUUCUUAGAUGCGCAUUGUGAAUGUGGCAUAAACUGGCUACCUCCGCUACUUGCAGAAAUUGCAGUAAACAGGACAACUGUCGUCUGCCCAACAGUGGAUUCGGUUGAAGCCGAUACGUUUCAAUAUGGACCCCAAGGAGACGGUCUUUGUCGGGGAGCAUUCGACUGGGAAUUCUGGUACAAACGUAUCCCUGUGAAAUACAGCAAAGAAAUUACACGCAGGCAGUAUAUGUCCGAGCCGUACUAUUCCCCAGUAAUGGCUGGAGGUCUGUUCGCAAUAGAUCGAUCGUAUUUCUUUCAAAUUGGUGGCUACGACCCAGGAAUGGAAAUCUGGGGUGGUGAAAACUUUGAAAUCUCAUUUAAGAUAUGGAUGUGUGGUGGCAAAUUAUUAUUUUUACCGUGUUCCCGCGUGGGUCACAUUUACCGUAAAGGUGUCCCAUAUAAAUACAAAGAUCUCGGCACAGGUGUGUCGGUAGUACAUCAUAAUUAUAUACGGGUUGCUGAAGUGUGGUUGGAUGAAUAUAAAGAAUAUUUUUACUCAAUUAAGCCAGAUUUACGAGGCAAACCGCAUGGCGACAUUAGCGCUCAGGUGAAAUAUCGCCGCGAUAAUUGCCCCUAUAGUUUCAAGUGGUUUAUGGAAGAAAUAGCCUACGAUUUGAUAGAACAUUAUCCUCCGCCACCCCUGAACAUAGCUUGGGGUGAGGUACGAGCGGUAAUUUCAGAUACAUGCAUGGAUACAAUGAGUCGGCAUGAUGAUGGCGGUAUAAUGGGGAUAGGUAGAUGUCAUGGAAUGGGCGGCAAUCAACUGUUUAGAAUGGACGAAGCAGGAAGAUUACUUUUCAAUGACGUUUGUUUAUAUUUUGAUCAAGAGAGACAUAUACGAACUCAAAAAUGCAAUCGCAAAGGCUUAAAUGAAAAAAGCGUCAAAAUAUGGAAAUACGAUUCAGCGAGUCAGAGGAUUUUUGCGCCAAAAAGUGACAUGUGUCUGGAUCAUAACAACCAGCAGUACUCUAUAUUUGUUUCACCAUGUGAUAACAAAAGUAAAUCUCAAGCCUUUCAAAUAUCGCCUACGAGGUCUUGACGACGUGUGAUUGUACUGGAGUUUUGCACCCGAGAGAGAUUUAUAUUUUAAAAUGUGCCAAAAGGGGGCGGUUUUGAACAUUUAAUUUAUCGUUUUUUUAAAGUUCGCAGACGAGACAUGAAGAUGUAAGCCCAUACUACGAAAGAAUGCAGACGUAUUUUUGCAGAUAAAUUAGGCUUCUUAAUGUCGCUUUGCAUAGAAUCGCUCAACCUAUCGGCGACAGUCGCUGAUAGUUGUCGGGAAGAUUGAACAUGGUUUGACUUUGCCGAUUGCGUUGCAAACGUAUCGGGGUGCAUUCCCGAUUGCGUCAGGCCAGCUAGCAGUGCACCCUGAUUCGUCUGCAAAGCAAUCGACAAAGUUGAACCAGCUUCAACCUUCCCGCCAUCUGUCGGCGACUGUCGCCGAGGGUGAGUGAUUCUAUGGAAACCGAGCUUCACUUUUUUUUCAAGCCAAGCAAACAACCAAAAAUUUUCUAUACGAUGCUAGUGUAAUGCUCCGUCCACACUGUCACAUUUGAUGUGACAAAUUUGUGUGAUUUGCCCAUAUAUGGGCAUAAUGAUAUAGGCCCUACCCCGGGCCAGCAUUUGACAUUUUCGUUUGUUUGGGUGUUUGCAUUUUGCUUGUAUGUUGUUGUUUUUUCCGGAGUAAAUUGAGUUGGACUGAAUAUUACACCCAAAUAUGGACACAUUUAUUUGUCGCAUAAAAUGUGAUAGUGUGGGCAAGACUUAAAGAGAGUGGAAAUAAGCCUAUUUGGAAUUUAUCGACGCAAUACCGUCCUGGAACUGCCACCAGCCAAAGAAGUUGCUUGCUAACUUCACGCAUGAGACCAAUAGAAGUUCUAAGCAUGACAUUCUUAAUUAAAAUGGAGCCCUGGUAAUCAAGUAGCUCCCUCGGUGUUGAUUUGGAGAACCUCCCGAUAGUAAUUAAGUUUACUUUAGGUUAUCCUCAGGCUGUGUCUUUGUUUAUUGUAUUUUAUAUUGCCUGAAAAUAAUAAAUGAAAUGAGAUACAACAGAACAAUAUUGGGACAUGUUCACUAUUCUACGCGAGUGACCUUACUGAUAGGCCUAUUGAUAAAACUUUUUCAGUAAUUCUGAGCUGUCUAACUUUGGUCCUCUUCCGUUGAGGCGGAUCCAGAGAGUGUCGGCGAUGUUCGGACACUUGUGUAAAUCAAAUACAAUUAAACCAUUUUAUAGACAAAUCUGUAUUGCAUCUUCAUACCAUGGAGUCCUGGUUUACACAUGGAGGAAAGAAACACCAAGCGUUGUCGGGUCGGUAUGAUUGACCUAUCGGCAUGUUUAGGUACCUCGUAUCUAAGGGUGCCACUGAGGAAAACCUUGAAUAAAACUAUAUGCGGGGCUACGUAUACAUAAGAUAAUUGCUGCAGAAUUAAAUGUAUUUAAAUUUAAAUGUUUUAUAUUUAACUAAACACCGUGGGCCUAAUCAGAUAGAAAUAAGUUACUUGCCGACUUUAAUUUAUUAAGGCCGCACAACCUGUUGCGUUUUAAAAGGAUAUUUAACUCAUAAUUUAAGAUGCACAUUUUGACCUAACUGUAAUGUAACCGAUACUUUAGGUAGAAUAGGGUGUAAUGUGGCGAUGAUGAUAACGAUAUUAUGUUGGAUAAGUGAUUUAUCACACUAGGAAUAAUAAACAUGAAAAUAAUAUCAAUGUAGGCCUAUAUUAUAACUUGUUACAGGCCUAAUUAUUAUCAAAUUAAUUAUUAAUAUUAUUACUAUUAUUAUUAUUUUAUUGUAAUUGUCAUAAUCAUUAUCCUUAUCAAAAACAACUUCUUCACAUAGGCCUAAUAUUAAUAACAGUUUUCUCUUAAUAAUUUCUAUUGCAAUUAUAAGUUUGUUAAUAUAUUAUCAUAAUUUUCAUCUUUAAGUUUUUAUUAGGAGGGGGUUGGGCUGAUGGAUUUAUUGUUUGUAGGCCUAUUUGGUUAACAUACAAAACAAGGUAAAAUGAAGUUCCAUUCCAAUAAAAAUUGACUAUAUCUGUG